AUGACAUUCGUCUGUCAAUCAGCCUUUUCUUUCUUUGCUUCGUUCUUUCUUAGGCUGUUCACCUUUCUAUCUCUCAGUCAGCUUUUUUCUUUCUUUUUUCACCUCUCUAUCUGUAAUUCUUUCUUUCUUUCUUUCUUUCUUUCUUUCUUUCUUAUGCUGUUCACCUCUCUAUAUCCUCUUCUUUCUUUCUUUCUUUCUUUCUUUCUUUCUUUCUUUCUUUCGCUGUUCACCUCUCUAUAUGUAAUUCAGCCUCUUUUUUCUUUCUUUCUUUCUUUCAUUCAUUCAUUCUUUCUUUCUUAUGCUGUUCACCUCUCUAUUUGUAAUUCAGACUCUCCUUUCUUUCUUUCUUUCUUUCUUUCGUUUGCUGUUCACCUCUCUAUCUGUAAUUCAGCCUCUUCUUUCUUUCUUUCUUUCUUUCUUUUGCUGUUCACCUCUCUAUAUGUAAUUCAGCCUCUUCUUUCUUUCUUUCUUUCUUUCUUUCUUUCUUUUGCUGUUCACCUCUCUAUAUGUAAUUCAGCCUCUUCUUUCUUUCUUUAUUUGGCUAUUCAUAUCUAUCUAUCUAUCUAUCUAUCUAUCUAUCUAUCUAUCUACAUCUCCCCCACCACGCCUCUCUUUCUCUCUCUCUCUCUCUCUAAUUUACUCAUCUUUCUUUCUUUCUUUCUUUCUUUCUUUCUUUCUUUCUUUCCUUUCCUAUAUUUUCGCUCUCAUUGUUCCUGCUGCAGACCUUUUUCCUUCCGGCAAAAUGUAGAAGAGCUAGGAGGGAACUACUUUCACUCGCGCAAUCACUACACGUCAAAAGAUUUGCAGUGA